AACACAGACACAGAGCAACAAGAGACAUGUGACAGAUAGUUAGUGUGUUACCAGUCAGACAUCAGAGAGAGAGAGAGAGAGAUAGAGAGAGAGAAAGAAAGAGAGAUGCACUGAGAGAGCAAGGUGCAGAGUGCUGUGUUGGGUAGACUGUCUGCUGAAGAAAAGGUGUGAGAGACGAAAGGCUAGCGGAUAGGCACUCUUCAGAACAAGAGAGAGGAAGAGAGAGAGAGAGAGGAAGAGAGAGAGAGAAAGACAAACAUUAUUAGAUACAGAGAAAGUGAGAGAGAUAAGAACUAGGGGAUGGUAAAAAGAGUGGAGGGAGUGGUACACAGACUCUCCUCAGCUCAGACAGGACUGGGGGACACAGAUGACAUCAUCACCAGGGGAUCUGGACAUCGAGCUGAUAAAACGAUAAAAUAAUGUUCUGCGUUCAACUCAAUAGAGUUGAAAGAGAAAGCCACAGAUCGGUUUGAAAGCAAACAGAUCUGCUAUGUGACAUUUCUUUUGAUGAGUUUUUUUUUUUAAAUGUUUCAUAUUUGAUUUGUGAUGUAUGUGACGAUUGUUGGUCAGAUCUAGAGGGUGACUGCUAUGGAUUAAAACAUCAAGGAAGUAGAUAUAUUUGAAAUGAAAACCUCUAUCAAGAUCACACUCCUCUCCCUUACUGUGUUGAGCUGUGUGAGCUGUAAGGAGAUCACAGUGAGAGGAUAUGAGGACAGAGAUGCUGUCAUCAACUGUCCAUCUCAGAAGGGUUAUGAGCUCUACCCAAAGUACCUACUGAAAGGACUGUAUAAAUACAGUGUUGAAAUGAUCCGGUCUGAUGGCCAGGCAGAAUGGACCCACAGAGGGAGAGUAUCUCUGCAGGACAAGAAGGACACACACAUCUUCAUUGUGACCAUCCAUAACCUGACCCUAGAGGAUGCUGGGACAUAUGGGUGUGGAGUUGACAGAUGGGGAGGAGAUUUUUACACCACAGUGAACCUCAUAGUGGGAGGAAAAUGGGGGAGUGAGGAGUGAAUAAACAGCUGUUUCCUCAACAUCCACACCUGAAGCAAAUGAUCCGGACGUAAAUCAAGAGUCCAUAUAACUUGUGGCAGCAGGCAUGGCACCACGUCAAAAUAGAUGACUAUUUUUAAACCGCUGACAAGGCACAAAAUAGCCUCACACUUCAGUGGUAGUGUGGAGAGGGUCCCUACAGACAUAUCAAAGUAUAGCAAACUUUAAAAAUGUACAGAGAAGUCUACAGGGACUUCACACUACCACUGUAUUGUAAGGCUUCUUGGAGCCUAGUCAGUGAU